CCGAGUGUUCACAGCGGCCAAAAGCCGCUCCCACAUCGGCUCCGUCCUGCGGCAGCAACUCGAGUGUCCGCGGUGUCCGAUUCGGGCGGCGGCCCCAGCUCGAGUGCCCGGAGAAUCUGUCCUGCGACACCAGCGGCAGUGCCCGCUGUGUCCGGCCGGGAGCGGAGCGGGAGCGGCGGCCGCAGCCCAGGGUGCCAGCAGCGCGGCUGCAAAGCUGCUCCCGAGGCCGAGCUCCCAAAGGAUCUGUCAGCACGCCUGAUGGGUCGGCAGCAAGGUGCUGUUUGUUCCAGGCAGAGAGAUUCCGGCUGUGAGCUGGAGGAGAAUAAAUUCGGCUCCAUUUGUGGACUUGAGAAGGAGCCCCAGCAUCCCCAGGAGGGACCAGCAGCCGGGGUUCCACACUCGCCUGGGGCACAAGAAGCCACUUGGCAUCAGCAGGGGGCUGCCACUUGUGAGCGAGCAGUGAGUGAAGAUGUGGGAAAUGGAUUCUGCACCAGGGAUGGGAGUGUGAGGGAGCCCCUGGAUCCCCAGGGCACAUCAGCAACCGGCACUGAACACAAAAGGGACCUCAGAAGAUUGCUGGGUGAAUGGUUCAGGAGCCAUCCCGUGGGCACGGCGCUGCUGAUACUGCUGCUCCUGGUGCUGCUGCUGGCUUUGGGGGUGGCCUUGGCUGUGCUGGCAGCAGCAGCAGCACAGGUUCCAGUGACACCUGCCCCUCCGCUGUUGGUUCUGGGCUGUCCCCCUGGCUGGGUUGGCUACAAUGGGGUCUGCUAUGGCUUCUCAAAAGAUUACAGCAGCUGGGAGCAGGCUGAGGAACGGUGCUUGGAGCUCGGGGCCUCCCUGGCCAUUCUGAAGGAUGAGGAGGCCUUGGGUUUGCUCUUCCGCCUCCGCGGCAACGGCGAUUACUGGCUCGGGCUGCGCAGACGGGGCGAGCGCCUGCACUGGGGGGACGGCAGCAGCUACAGCUCCCGGGUUCCUGUCCUCGGCAAUUCCGAGUGUGUGUACCUGGCUGACAAUAAAUUCAGGAGUGAGAACUGCUCGAACGAGCGGCCGUAUGUCUGCAGCAAGGCCCAGGCUCCCCUGUAACAGGGGCUGCAGAAAGGACCUUCUCCACGCUGGGCAGUGCCAGCUUCACCUCUCAGCCCAGCCCAGGGCUGUCCUUGCUCAGCUGCACCCUGUGCCUUGCCCUCGCUCUCAGGGUCACCUCAGUGCCUCUUCAUCCAUGCCCAGUGCCAGCGCUGGGCUGGGGGUGCAAAGGAAAAGGCUCUGCAAUCCAUCCUGCCUCCGAUGCUGCCUGGAGUGACUGCAUUGUCCUCUUUACAUGUAACAAACAGGGCUCACUAAUAUUUUUAUAGAAGUUCACUAACAGAUCAAAUUCCACAUUAGAGAGCUUGUCUGUUUGCACAUAGUUAACUUUAACUGUUCUCUGUGUACUGUUACAUUGUCGGUCUGUAUGCAUGUUCAGAAUAGUUUAUGCAUAUUCAAGCAUUCAUUUGAUUUUGCACAUUGGUUUGCUCUGUUUUAACCUUUGACUUGUUUUCGUGCUGUCUUCAAAGUUAAACUCAGACAUUUUAUUUUAUCUUUUGGUUCUAUCUUUUUGUAUUUUCACUCCCUUAUAAUCAGGAUCAGUAAAUAGUUUUAUUUCGGUUC